GCUGCCGAGCGAGCGCCGCACCUGCCAGCCCGAGGAGCGGGAGCCCCGGCCGCCGCCGCCAUGGACGCCCAGGUUGGCAACGGAGCGGGCCUCGGGGAUGCGGAUGCGCACGUCACAAACCUGCUGCUGUUCGGCUUCCUCCAAAGCCGCAACACCUGUAAUUUCCACCAAGAGCUGAAGGCGCUGGGCCAGGAACUGCCUGUUGGGCCGGACGCAGACCACGAGGAUGAGCUGCAGACGGACGGCAGCCGGGCCAGCCGCCAGUACCGGGGCAGGAGAGAGGCAGAUUCCGAAAGCCUAGAAGAAGUAAUUCAGCAGAUUGCCCAGCGUCUGGCGGUCGCCGGGGAUGAGAUGGACCGCAGGAUCCAGGCCAGAGCAGUGAACCGGCUGAUCGCGCAGCUUGGGGACCGGAGUCUGACAGCGGAGGGCAGGAGGCGCUGCCUGGCCGCCGCUCUGCGGGAGGUGAUGCAGACCUGCCCUCCAGACCUGGAGCAGGAGAAGGCCACGCUGAUCCUGACCAUGCUGCUGGCCAAAAAGGUGGCUGACUACAAGCCGUCCUUGCUCCGUGUCAUCUUUCACACAGCGGUGGACUUUAUUAACCAGAACCUGCUCCCCUAUGUGAGGGACUUAAUCAGAAAUGAGAGGGACUGAACGGACGGCUUGCUGAAGCACAACUGGCUAAAACGUGACAUGGUGACACCAGCAUAGCUACCUGCAAAGGAGAAGAUGCUAUGGCCCUGAAAACAGACGCCUUAGAGAAGACGGGCGCUGGACUCCGCCUUUCCCCCUGUCUCCAGGAAUGUAAGCUGGUUGCUUACCGAGAAACGCCUACAGUGACAUACUUGAAUGAGACAGUGCAGACUUGGUGAUAUUUAACAGGUGUCGUGUCUCCUACUCCUGCACCUGUGCCUUCAUCUUACUUCCGCUGUGCAGGGUCCCACUUAAGAAUUAAAUUGAAAAGGAAACCGAAGGGCAGAAGAAAAGAAACACGCUUACAUUUUGGUUGUUAAAAAACUUACUGUUUAUUAAGUGCAACCUUGGGGCACGGUCUUAACAGCAGGCAAUAUCCUGUUGGAGGGGAGCAAGGCUUGGAGAAAAACGUACAUGCCCCUUACAAGGGAGGAAUUUUGCUCCAAAGAGAGACCGUCCAAAUACCAAGUAAGCGGCUCUUCUGUGUAAGCCAGGUGGCACAGGGCUCUGGGCUAAGGUGCUGUUUUCAAACCAGGGAAACUCCACCCUCGAUGUAUGGGUGUGCAGCUUUUUCAGCUUGACUUCCUCUUGAGGCAAAGAGGACCACGGGCAUUUACAAGUCGUGAUUGGUGAUGUAAAGGUCCAUGUCAAUGGCUGUUUUCAAAGUCAGGUACUUAAAUAUACUUUCUUUCUUUCUAAUAAAUGAGAACUUCGAUAAGAACCUGUAA